AUGCCAUUUUUAGUCAAACACCAGAGGAAACAGCUGACACUGCUGAAAAAGAGGAGAGGCAGUGGAGGACAGGUGGAGAUGCGUACAUUAGAGAUGGCCCCAGAAGGCCCCAUCCUGCUGGAGCUAACCAAUCAGAGCUCCAGGUCAGUUAGAGCCCGCUGGACAGCACCUCCAAGACCAAAUGGAAACCUCAGCUACAGAGUUUACUACAAAAGCAAAGGUGAAACACACAGUCUGUCUUAUAGUCGCACACAGAAAAUCAGAGGGGCUGGAAAGUUUGUGGCCCCUUCAGAAAAGCAGAAACAUUACCUUAAAACACAAAAGGUCCAUAUUCAUUAA